AUGAUUAUCGCGGCAAUGGACCCGUUGUACAACAGAGGCGGCUACGACUACGCAAACCUUCCUUUAGUUGAAGACGUACAACUGCCACUUCCAGCAGAACUUGCGCCGAGCGAAGAUCCCUUUCUUCUCAACAACAUAACUGAAGAAGGAGCACGUGCGGUUUACAAUAGAUUCAUGGAUUGGAUGAGAGACGGUAACCCAACUAUCGGGUUGUAUCAGCCGGAAAACGAAAUAAUGUCGCGAGCACACGAUCUUAGACAUCUUAAAGCGCUCGUGCUCGAUCUCCACCACGAAAAUUCGACCUUUGAAGAGUAUCUCGGAGAAAUAUUUCCCGUGACCCUCAUUAAAAGAUCAACAAAAGGAUGUAAAAUACCUUUCUGUACGCGGUCGGACUGCAGAGCAAACAAAGACGUGAAAGACGAAUUAUUCAAACUCGUCGAAGAAUACGCGACAAGCGAUCGCAACCCCAACCGCGGAGACCAAUUUUUAGAAGAGGCAAGAAGCAAAUUCGAAACGGCAGAAAUGCAUAAAUACGAAAAAGAGAUUAUGAAGAUCGAAAACUGUACUUUCCUCCACAAUACUCCGAACAAAUUCACUACAUACCUCGGAAUGGCAAGCGAUAACGACAACGAUGAAAUUAUCUACGGCAAGUUGAUGUCAAUAUUUCCCAUCUCAUUCCAUCGGUUCGAUUACAAUAAGUUCAAAAAAGAAGUUAACGAAAUCUACGAGACUUCACGCUUCACAGAAGAACAUGAUAAUCUGUUGAACUCACUCAACAUCGAGUACACUGGCCACGACAGAGAUUUUCGAGAUCCAGACACGAUGACGCUAGAAAAUACGAAAGCAAACAUAAAGAUCUGCAAAGAUAUGGGAAUCGGAAAGACUGCGUCGGAAGGAAAAUUCAGAAAUGGUGGAAAGAUCAACGUUGGCACAUUUAUAAAAAUACACAGAAAACCAGAGCCGGGACAAGAUAAUUUAAAACGCGAGUACGUGGAAGUAAAUAUACCAGCAAAUGCAUCACUAUCGGAGUUAUGGAUUGCAACGAAAGAGGGACUGACACAACACCUUGACAAAUACGGAUGGGAAGAACUGCCACCAGACGCAACGUCCUACUGGGCAAAUAAACAAGAACGAGCAUCAGCGUUUUCAUACACGGCGGAAAAAUUCGCAAUGCUCUUCCUCUACCAUAAGAUGCCAAUACUGUCAGUGUACAACUGGUGGUUUGAACUAAGCGAUACCGAUCUUCAUACACUUGCAGGAGUUCAUUCAGAGCGCGGAAUCGAUAGUCACAAGCUACACAAACCAGGUUUGUGUAGCCUUUUUUAUGUGAUGUCAGUAACAAAGAACCAAAUCGCGAAUAACAAUCAGACAGUCUACAUGAGCGUGGGAGCGUUAGAUCCGGAGCGGGAGACAACGAAGACAACCAAUUCUUUUUUUUGGCAUGUCGUCACCAGCAUGAAUCUAGAAGACUACUUCGAGUUAACGGAAACUGUUAAAGUAAAUAAUAAACGUUACUCGAAUAAAGGAAAGUGGAUAAGAACGAAGAAAAGUAAGGAACUCGGGCCGAAACAAUGCCAGUCUCUCAUCGCGAGAAUCCUCUUUUUGUGUUGCUUUCGAUACGAGAAGUUAUUGGGCAAUGCAUUGGAGUACGCUAUGUUCCAGACAUAUGACUGCCUGAACACAAUUGAACUCUACGGCCUUCAGAAUUUGCUUCGAGUUGGUUUUUUUAACUUCCAAUUCUACCAGAUCGCAGUACCCGCAGCUUCAUAUAUUGGAGUCGAAAUAGACAUGGACACAUGCCAAAAACCAAUAACAAGACUCCCAGCAGUGAGCUCCGACAACGAUGUUGCAUAUCCACAAAUGUUAAAAGGAUUCUGCGAAAUCUACAUAGGACGAAUAACACUUGCAAACAACAGGGGCAUGCGGGCAUUGAGACACGUAACAACAUAUAAACACCCACCACUUUAUCCCCACGACGAGAAUAUCAAAACAAUCCUCGAUCGAAUAACCACUUUUAACAACGUGGAACAACUCAUCUUGCAGACGCUGUACAGAAACGCAGAUCUUGAAAGGGACAAUUAUGCGCUGAUGCAGGCACUUUUUGAUGCCAAAAAAAAUACCCCUGUCGAAGAGUCAAACAAGAACGAUGACACGGAAGAAUUGAAGGCUAAGCUCCAAAAUGCGGAUACUGAAACAAAGAAACUUCAGGCAGCUAUCCAAGACGCGGAAAAUGAAGUUAAAAAACAAAAAUUGAUCGAGAAAGAACUAACGAGCAAAACAAAAAGCCUUGAACGUAAGAUUCAAAAAUUGAUGAGUGAAGGCGAAGUUGUGACUACUGAAAAUGGGAAUCUCCGAGAGCUUUUGGAAGAAGAAAAGACAGAGAACCAAUCUCUCAAGAGAGAAAUAGCAAGCCUUAAACUGCAAAACAACUGCUAA